UAGAUCUAGAUUUCUAUAUUUUUAUGUUAGAACUAGAUUAGAUCUAGAUUCUAGAUCUUCUAAUCGAGACUGAAGUCUUAAACCUUUAUUUGAUCUCUGACGACAAGACUAUAAAAGUAUAGGUCCUAGGUCACAAGUAGUUAGUUUUCACUAGCAGUCCAGCUAGAUUCUUAUUAAUGAAAAAUGAUGUCAUGAUCCUGGAUGAUAGUCUUGUCUUACACUCUCCAAGUACAGAAUCAGAAUAUUUUGACAAACAACAGUAGUAUAGCUGUAAAAUAACAGAAAACUUCUUAUCAUUAAAGCAUCUGACUAAAAUUAUAAUACAAAAUGAGCAUUAUAUUUCAACGGCCAGUGCACCGAUUAAAACAAAUUUUUGGUAUUUUUCAACACCAUAAAAGUUCCAGUGCUAUGAGAAACUUGUUGGCUAACAUGUAUUGUUCUAGUAGUGGGACAAGCAUGCUGCAGUUAUCAUUUGCUGAUAUAGAGGCAAAUAAUUUAACAUCAGAGGAAAAAUGUAACAGUUUUAUCGAAUACUACAAAAAACUGCCAUCUGAACAGAGAGGAGUGUUUUUGUGUGAAUUAGCUAAGAGUUAUGGUAUUGAUAAAAAUAGUGUGGUCUCAGUUGCAAACUCUGUUCUGUCAGUUAAGGAUAAAGACAAUGCUAGUUUUUUAUUAUUAUCUGAAAGAAUGCGAUCUGCAUUACGCCCCAAAUACAAAACAUUCUUUUCACACAUGGGUAGAGUGAAAGGAGGGGUUAAAUUCUUAGUAGACAUGAGAGCAGAUGUUUUGAAUUUCAAACAAAGUACCCACAGUGAAUUAAAUGGAGCGCUAUAUCAAGAACUGAAUAAUGCAUUAAAAGAGUUACUCAUGUUGUGGUUUACUGUAGGUUUUUUAAAUCUGGAAAGGAUAACAUGGAACUCUCCUUGUGAUUUAGUACAAAAAGUGUCAAACUAUGAAGCUGUUCACAGAAUCAGAACAUGGGAAGAUAUAAAAAGGCGGGUGGGGCCUUAUAGACGUUGUUAUAUAUUUACACACAAUAGUAUGCCAAGGGAACCUGUAGUUGUCUUACAUACAGCAUUAACUAGUGAAAUAUCUUCAAGUAUUCAUUCAAUUAUCAUGAACGCAAGGUUUAGACCAUCCCAAGCUACAGAGGCAGCAGACAACUCUGUUGAGCUGUUUUCAGGGAAUUUUCUCUCCCCUAGGUCCACCACACCCGCCACACCAACUUCACCCACCGUCUCAUCUAUUUUAACUCAAACUAAACCUUUUAUAGAGGACGAGAAAGAAGAUUUGUCUCAGAUUAAAUGUGCGGUCUUUUAUUCCAUUACAUCAACACAAAAAGGUCUGCAGGGAGUAGAAAUGGGAAACUACUUGAUAAAGUCUGUUGUGAGAAAGUUACAGGAAGAGUUCCCCCACCUUCAACAGUUCUCAAGUCUUUCACCAAUACCUGGCUUCAGGGAUUGGUUGGUCUCCUACAUUAAUCACAGCAUCAAUAUGAGAAAUGCAGGUGAAGGGGCAGGUGGCAUACCUGUUUUAUUCCAAGAUGAGUCGGAGGCGCUUGUCCCCUAUCAGAAGGCGGGCCAACACUCCGCUCUAGACACCUUUAAAGAUUUGAUACUCAGCCAUGAGUGGUACCUCAAUGAAGGACUCACCCAGGCUAUGAAAAGUCCUCUGAUGAGAUUGUGUGCUGAUUAUUUGUAUGUCCAGAAAAGAAGAAAUUAUGCUCUAAAUCCUGUUGCAAAUUUCCACCUGAGUAAUGGGGCUGUGCUGUGGAGGAUCAACUAUUUAGCCGACACAUCGCAGCGAGGUUUAAACCAGUCCUGUGGCUUGAUGGUCAACUACAGGUAUUUCCUGGAAUCCACGGAGACCAAUAGUAGAAAUUAUCUUGACUGCCAGAUCAUUAAGGCCUCGCCUGGGGUCAUUGACCUACUACGCGGGACACAGUACACAGCCAAAAUGUAAAGACAGAAUGGGGUUGAAUGUAUAGGUGUUAAUCAUUACAUUUCACUGAAGUUUUAUAUAAUAUAUUUAUUACUGUAGAAGAAAUAAAGAAAGAGACAACUUA